AAGGGGCAGAGAGAAGAAUAAGCAGAGGAAUACAAGUGGCAUGUCUUGUUUGUUUUCUCUUUCCACAAAAUCUAAAUUUACCGCUUUUGAAGGAAUCUGUGAAGAGCCUAAUGAAAGGCAAAGGUGAGCAACAGACCCAGUCAAUGUCAAAUUGGUUAACUAAGAAGGCCAGAACCAUCUGGACAGCUACAGAUGGAGAAUAACUAGUCAUUGCUUAUCAUCUGCAACUCAUGGUGGUGGGAUUUGUCACCAGGUUGGAUCUUCUCCUGAGUUCACUGUGCGCUUGUAAGGAUUUGAAUAACAAGAUUCAGCCUCAGAUUUGGGGAUUCAGAGAUGAUAUUCAUAACUUAGGCACUACUAAUAUUCUGUGCCCAAUGACUGUUCUUAAAGCUAUUGCCUGGGUUCAUUGCCACAACACUCUGUGAUGCUGAUGACACCUGUUUUGUAUGGUGAAUUUUCCACCUUAAAGUCUGACGUGCAAUCUGUGGCACACCUUCAUGGUCAAAUUGCCUGAGGGACAGUACAGUACAUUGUGAUACACCCACUGGAUAAAGAAAAUGCUGCUGAAACAUUCCUCAGAAACUGGAAUGGCCAACCAGGCUUCCUUACCCCCAGGUCCACCUCUGUCCCCAACUUUAGCCUUGUGGCUCCCUUUGGACUUUGCCCUGGGGGCUGCAGCUUGUUGUGGAGCCUGUGUUUUCACUAACCCCCUGGAGGUGGUUAAGACAAGACUGCAACUGCAAGGAGAACUAAAGGCCCGGGGCUCUUAUCAGAGGCAUUACCGGGGUGUUUUGCAGGCACUGUGGACUGUGGCGAGAGUGGAUGGACUACGUGGACUUCAGAAGGGACUCUCUGUUGGGCUUCUUUACCAGGGCCUAAUGAAUGGUGUUCGGCUCAGCUUCUACUCAUAUUGUGAAGCCUCUGGAUUUACCCAGGCCCCUGGAGGCAGUCUGCUGGCAGGCGCAGCAUCAGGAGCCCUUGGGGCAUUUGUGGCCAGCCCAGCAUACUUGGUAAAAACACACCUCCAGGCACAGACAAUUGCAGCAAUUGCAGUGGGACAUCAGCAUAACCACCAGGGUGUAUCCAGUGCAUUUGCCAGCAUCUACCGAGCACAAGGGAUUUUGGGGUUAUGGCGGGGAGUAAAUGGGGCUGUACCACGGGUGAUGGUAGGCUCAGCUGCUCAACUUGCUACUUUCUCAUCUGCCAAGGAGUGGGUUGCCCAAAAACAGUGGUAUGUCCAGGACAGCUGGUUAGUGUCUCUCAAUGCUGCUAUGAUAAGUAGUAUUGCUGUGGCCAUAGCUAUGACUCCUUUUGAUGUCAUCAGUACACGACUUUAUAACCAGCCUGUAGAUGAGCUGGGUAAGGGUCGUCUGUACAGAGGUUUUCUGGACUGCUUUGUGAAGGUGACAAGGAAGGAAGGUCCCCUAGGCCUAUAUAAAGGAAUUGGACCAGCAUUCUUUCGCCUGGGACCGCACACUGUGCUGAGUAUGUUGUUUUGGGACUUACUGCGACAGGCAGCUUCUAAAUAUCAGGUGUAAGGAAAUUCAAUAGUUUCUUUUUUAUUUUGCACUAGACAAGACUAUUUGGGUCAAAUGGCCCCUUCUCCCCUAUAUUUCUUACAUUGACUUCACUGCAAAUUAAGCAGACAGCCCAUCUGAAUGCAAUCUUUGGCAAAACACUGGAAAAAAUAGACAAAAGACUAAGAUAAAGAAAAAAAACCUUACAUUGGAUAAUUUUACCAAUUGCAGAAAUAUGCAAUUAUUUACUAAAAAUGAAAUUCUUAGAUUUCAAUGGGUAAAUUAGAAAUGUACUGUCUGUUAAAUACACUGUAUGUAUACAUAUGAUAUGAAAAAGCAAGCUGAUUUGAAGUGUGUUCAAUGAGAUCUAAAAAAAUGUAAAAUCAGUCAUUUUUAGUGGUCAUCAAAUAAAAAGGUGCAAGAGGACAAAUACAAGAAUUAACUCAAUUAGACUUAAGAUUUUCCUGUGCUCUUCGGUGCAAUUAGUUCUAUAUACAGUAUAAGAUAUACAGUAUAGUAAUGCUGAUAUGGCUCAAGCAGACAGGCUUGAAAUUAUUACUACAGGAAAUACUGCACAAAACUAUGACCACUAAGUAAAAACGUGCUAUUCUUAAGUGAGCAGCAAGAACCAAUGAAAGUGAGAAAAAAAGAGUCAUUGAUUACUCUAUUACAAGAGAGACUUCACUAGUAACUUACCAAGGAGAACAAGAGAGGUUGGUGGAUGCCCUGAUUGCUGAGGAUGCUCCUAAAAUAGAGUAAAAGAGGAUCCAGUUAGUGCAAGGAUUAAAUGUCCAUUGUGCUCAGUUCAUUUCUCUGAUGGCCAGGUCCUAUGUGAUUCCAUUCCAAAACAAAUAAAUAAGCAAAAGGAUGUAAAUGCUUUUGUAAUGUAAUGUAAUGUAAUGUAAUGUAAUUCAGUAACUCUGUUCUACAGAACUAAACUUUACAAUACACCAACAGUAUUAAAAGAAACCAUUGUCCUGAUCCCAUUUUGGUUCUUGGUGGUUUCUGGUGAGGUUUGGCACAUUUGACAAUAUUUAGAGGGUAAAAUAUUGCCCAGUGCUCUUUGUUGCAGUUAAGUUCUCACACUCCUGUGCCAUCUGAUUACAUUCUAAUAAUUAGUUUUAUUAUAGCAAAUAUCAGGUGAAAUCCAAAAAUGAUAACCAUAAUGUCUGCCUGAAACACACGCUUAACCCUGUGACCUCAGAUUACAGACUAUUAAUUAGUAUUAUUAUAGCAAAUGUCAGGUGGAUUACAAAAAUAAUAACCAUUAAUAUGUGUUUCUAAUACUGAGAGUAUUUAGGACAAGGAAUUACUGUAGCUAUUUUUAACUAAUUUGGCCAAAUUAGUCAAAUAACACACAGAAACAGUAUAUUUCUGAAUAUUCUGAUGCAAAAGCAGCAUCAAUUAAGUAUGACGUUCUCUGAGUUAAUGAGGUUCAUGCUGUGAGUAUGUACUAAGGCCAUAGGGAGACAAUCAACUUAAAUGGGAAAAGUUUAAACAAAUGCUUUGAAUCACAAAUACCUAAGUAUUCAGCUACAAAAGAAAUAUUACUAAACACAUGGCUGUGUGAGGAAGAGGUGGAAAUGAUUUUUGAACAUUGGAAAGUGCAAGCAGCCUAGAUCAGGAGUACAGUCAUGACUAAAUCUGUUUCUUUAUGGCCUGUUCUGCCAGUUAGUGCUAAAGUAAUACCUUUGUAAAUAAACAUAGACAAGCAAAAUGUUAAGUUUGUUUAAUCCUUGUUACAGACGUCAUGAGAAACACAGAAUACACUGCAGUACUGUUGUGCCAGGAAAGGGAUUACUGUGGCUAGGGAAAAACAAAAAUAAUCAAAUGCUGCAAAGAUAUUUGUACAGUACAGCUGGGACAGGCUUUUGCCCAUCAUGACCCUGAAUUGGAUUAAGUGUGUCAAAGAAUGUUACAUUACAAUACUUUGUUACAAGACAAAUGGCACUGAAAACCACUGGUGUUUGGUGAUUCAUGUACUAUUGUUUAGGUCAAGGUGACUCCUUUACUAGUGUGAAGGAGCAGGGAAAAGGCAAUUUAACAGUUCAGUCUUUGGGUAUGGCCAUAACUGGGUGCAUCCCUCUGUAGUUUAUAUAUACACUGGCAGAAGUGAUUCUGUUCUAAACACACACAGAAAAGAAAGUGUUACUACUUUAUUAAAUAAUUUGCAAGUAAAGUCGACAUUACAAUGAACCAGUGGUGUACAAACCAGCUGUCACUUCCAAAAUUAAUUUUCUAGCACACCACUCUCUCUUUUCAGUCUUGUGGUCAUGGUUUGAUUUCUUUGCUUGUCAGACAUUCACUUUAUUUAUAAGGAAACUGAAUUUCACAACUCAUACAAAGAUUAAGAAAUGAGCAAGAUUUGCACAAAACCUGCAUUUUAAGAGUGUUAAAGAAAUUGCUGCUGUUGAUAAUGAGUGUUAAAGAAAUUGCUGCUAUUGAUAUAUCUUUUUUAAAUAUGUAUUAUUUUAAAAGGGUAGAAAGAAACACAGCGAUGUUGUCAAGACUAGUGUGCCUUAUAAAUUUUGACUUGAAGCAGCUCAAAGCUGCUCUUCUGGUACUACUGAUUUGAAAAGCAACUGCUACUGACACUGUGAAAUCUUAGUAAAUUAUGAUCAUGGGUACAUUUGUUUACAGGAGACUAUCUCAGUAGUGAAGCUGUAUGUCACUUUACAACUGUUUUUCUUAAGCGGGCCACUGCCAUUGUAGUGGUUUCCAUUAUGUAGGACAAUGCUUACAACAUGCUUACAAUUGCUGAAACAAUCUGGAGGAAUGUAAUCAAUUAUUUUUCUUUUUCCAAAUUUAAAUUAAACUGAAUUUGAAUAAAAUACAUUAUGAAAA